AUGUCCACCCCCAGAACUGCAAUUAUCCUAAUCGACCCCUACAACGACUUCCUCCACCCAAACGGAAAGCUCACCCCGCUUAUCCAAGAUCUCGACGAGCGGAACACAAUUCAGCACCUAAAGGAUGUCGUUGGUAUAGCCCGAGCCAACCAACUGCCCAUCUACUACGGCUUGCACCAGCAAUGGGCGCCCGGCCGCUUCAAGGAUUGGAGACACAUGGCGCCCAACCAUGUCAGGCAGGAAGAAACGCAUUAUUUCGAGGAUGGCUCGUUUGGCGCUCAGAUCUAUAAGGGUCUUGAGCCGGAUCCGAGCAAUGGCGACGUUGUUGUUAGCAAGCAUUGGAAUAGCAACUCCUUCCAGAAUACCGACCUGGAAUACCAGCUACGCCAACGCAAUAUCGAAAAGCUGGUCUUUGCUGGGCUCACCGCUAAUACUUGCCUUGAGUCGACCGCGAGACAUGCGUUUGAGCUUGGAUAUAAGGUUACCAUUCUGAAGGAUGCCACCGCUGGCUUUUCGAGGGAACUGACGAGCGCGGGAGAGCUGGUUUGGCCGCUAUUUGCGAGUGUUUCUACCGUGGGAGAGUGGGAAGAGGGCUUGGAGGCCAAAAAGAACACUUGA